GGCAGCCGCUGGAGCCGCCGACUAGAAGCCAGGCCGGCCGCCGGGCACUUCCUGUGGAGGCCGCGAAGGGCGCGGGUGCCGACGGGCCGGACGCGGAGCGAGCGAGCGAGUGAGCCGAGCCUCCCGCCGCCGCCAUGGGCCAGAACGACCUGAUGGGCACGGCCGAGGACUUCGCCGACCAGUUCCUCCGAGUCACGAAGCAGUACCUGCCUCACGUGGCGCGCCUCUGCCUGAUCAGCACCUUCCUGGAGGACGGCGUGCGCAUGUGGUUCCAGUGGGGCGAGCAGCGGGACUACAUCGACAGCACCUGGGGCUGCGGCUACCUGGUGGCCUCCACCUUCGUGCUGCUCAACCUGCUCGGGCAGCUGACCGGCUGCAUCCUGGUGCUGAGCAGGAACUUCGUGCAGCACGCCUGCUUCGGGCUCUUCGGGAUCAUCGCGCUGCAGACGAUCGCCUACAGCAUCUUGUGGGACCUGAAGUUUCUGAUGAGGAACCUGGCCCUGGGAGGGGGCCUGCUGCUGCUGCUGGCAGAGUCCCGCUCGGAGGGGAAGAGCAUGUUCGCCGGCGUGCCCACGGUGCGCGAGAGCUCGCCCCGGCAGUACAUGCAGCUGGGCGGCCGGGUGCUGCUGGUGCUCAUGUUCAUGACCCUGCUGCACUUCGACACCGGCUUCUUCUCCAUCCUGCAGAACAUCGUGGGCACCGCCCUGAUGAUCCUGGUGGCCGUCGGCUUCAAGACCAAGCUGGCCGCCCUGACCCUGGUGGUCUGGCUGUUCGCCGUCAACGUGUACUUCAACGCCUUCUGGACCGUGCCCGUGUACAAGCCCAUGCACGACUUCCUCAAGUACGACUUCUUCCAGACCAUGUCGGUGAUCGGGGGCCUGCUCCUGGUGGUGGCCCUGGGCCCCGGCGGCGUCUCCAUGGACGAGAAGAAGAAGGAGUGGUAGCGGGCCCCCCGCCGGCCGCGCCCCGCGGCCCCGAGGACCGGCUCCGGGUGGGCUCGACAGGCUGCCAGCGUCCGCGUCCCCUGCCCCCUCCCCGCCCCGAGAAGGCACAGAUGUUCGAGAACUUUCGCUGCAGACACCUGGAAAUUGGCGGCCAAAUCUGCUCUGGACCCACCUCCUGCGGCCUGACCGCUCGGUGCUGGCCGGACGGUGAGCACGGCCCCUCCCCCGGUGAGGCGGCGGCUCGCCCCCGCCGCUCGGCCCGGCCGCCAGGUGGCUGCGCCCCCUCCUGUCCGGUUUCCCUCUGGGGUGACGGGGGCUUCAGCUGUACUGUGAGCAGAUACAUCCGUGUGUCCUUCAACGCAGUCUCCCUCGUUCUUUCCAAGGUUUACGUUUUUAGCCAAAACUACUAAACGAUUUCGGACGGCCCGGCCCCGCCUCACACACACUGCCCAACUGCCCGGUUCAGAGCUGCCCCGUGGCUUCCACGGUGCCCCUGCCUUGCGCUGUGACACUUCACAGGGGAGGUGGGACAGUUCGGAGGAACCCCAGCCCCCCAGAACCGGGCAGCACUGGAGGGGCCGCUCACAGUUCCCGGUCAGGGUCACUGACGAGUCAGAAAGCUGGCCUGGCCGGCGCAGUGCACACGGGGUCGCACCCUGGGAGCCGAAGGGGCUCGCGGUGGCAGCGGGGGCUCCCAGGCCAGUUACCUCGCUGCCGACCUACCACACCCUGGCUGACGCCGGGCAGAGCCUGCCCUGGCCGGGCGCCGCCUGGGUUUUCCUUGGGCCUGAGGUCCUCCCGGGGCACGCGGCUGCAGCCACGUGUCCACCAGGCUGUGGCUUGCAGUGUCCUGCCUGCUUUGCUGGCCGCAGCCCAGACUACCCUGCGCCUGGCGAUGCCUUGCCAGCUGGCCCCGACCCCGCAGCUGAGGUUGUGGGGCGCUGCCUUGCGCUGCACUCCUCUCCACGGGCGUGAGCGCUGCGCUGCGCACUGCCCUGCACCUGGCCGUGCCCUAGCGAAGGCCCCCGGGGGAGCCAGAACGUCCCUGCGGCCCCCCGUCCUCUCCCCAGACCCUUUGGGGACAGUACAAGGCAGUGGCCCCUUGGAGCCUGUCCCUGGGGUGGCCAGGGGUGGGGGCCAUGCUUGCCUCCCGUGCCCCUGCCCUCCACUCUGAUGGGCUGCUCAGGGAGGGGGGGCUGCCUUCUGCCCCCCAGGGCCCUUAGAACCGUACCUGGCUCUGUAGCCUGAGCCCACCUAUCCCCAGGGGGGUGGGGGCGCACCUUCCACCACCCACCUGUGUCCCCAACGCAGGGGAGGCUCAUCCCGAGUGCCACACUGACGAGGCCGUGGCCGCAGGACAGGGCCUCUCUGCUCCUGGCCACUCGCUAUGCAGCACACUUGCUUUCUGACGCGGCCUGGGCCCGGGGGGUGGCACAGCCUGACGGCCCCAGGGAAGGGCACUCCCCAGCCCUGCGCCCGGAGACCUCAGUUGGUCUGGGGGGCUGGGCCGAGCCAGGAGCCGCAGCCCCCCGGUCGCCGGCGGGAGGUUGCUGCCACCAGCCCGGCCCCAGCGGCAGAGCCCGGGAAUGGGCGGUGCCGUCGCCGGGAGGAGCGAUAAGCGACCGGCCAGGUAGUAUUGGCAGAGAUAAUUUCCGAAAAUAUUUUUUGCUUUAUGUGGGGAAAUAGGUAUCGAUCUCAUCGUAUGCUGUAUUUUAUAUUAGUUGUGUUUGAAAACAUUCUGGUUUUUGGAAACACCAAAAUAAACUAUGGCGUUUGUUGUA